AUGUUUUGCUCUAACACAGGCGUCCGUCUGAAUGCUCCUAAUGGCAAAAAUGAUGGAACGGUAGACGGAAUUAAGUAUUUCGACUGCGAACCACAGUAUGGCCUGUUUACGCGACGUAAUCUUCUUCGACCGAUCUCGGAAUUGGCAAUGCAACAAUCCGUCACAAGUCCUGGACUCACUCCCACUACCCCCGGCGCAGUUUCUGGUGUUGGGCAGCGGCGGUCAAGUGAGAACGCGGAGUCACCAACCAUUCCACAAGGUCUACGUUUGGGGGAUCGCGUCCAAGUGUCAGGAGGACGCUUGGGCGUCAUUCGUUAUAUUGGACCUACCGACUUCGCCAGUGGUGAAUGGGUGGGCGUCGAACUGGAUGAAGCCACAGGCAAAAAUGAUGGCUCUCAACAGAAGAAACUUAAUGCUCCUUCAGCCACCCGUUCCUAUGGAGGAGCUAGUGUUCAGGCUUUGGAGAAUCUAGUGCGGGAAAAGGAGGCGCACAUCGAACAACUACUACAGGAGUUUGAAAUGGAACGCGCAGAAAUGGCAAAAAUCACCGUUGAACGUGAGCAGGUUGAAACCGAAGUCGUUAACCAACGUUCUUUGAUUAGUCAGCUCACGGCACAGAUCGAACAACUCCAGGUGACUUUGAAUCAAGUGUCCGAGGAGAACAAUAAGCUGAAGCUACGUGUUCACGAGGAAGCCAAUCUGCUGCACUCAGCCGACAAGAAGCAAUUGUCUACCGCCAACGCGUGUUUUCGGUAUCGCCGCAAGCAUAGUUUAGCCUGGCAUUCCGAUGACGAUCUCGUGGCCAAUAAGACUGCCUACGUUACAGUGGAUGUAAUGUACCACAUCUAUGCGGAUGACAGCUUGCUGCAUGACACCAAAACCGGCUUCUCGAUGUUGAUAAGGGAUAAAACCGGACUCCAGAGAUCUCGGGAAGAAGAGGCGUUCACACCUGAUCUAUAA